GGGUGGGUGGGGGAGAGUCAAGUAGUUCGCAUUCAGUGACCAACACACUGCUGCCCCGCUCUAUAAUUAAACGCCGAGGAGACAAGCGACCAACUUGGUGGGGAAAAGGGCGAGCUGGGGGAAUCCAGCGUCCUGCCCGAGUGACACGGAUAACAGUGAGGAGAGGAAGAGUGGAAUCUGCAAGGCGGCGAGAUGAACGCUGACAGCUAACUCCCGAAGCUGACAGGGGACUUCCAUGUGUGGGGAAGGAGAGCCGUGGUCAGACGCAACGCCAGACGCCGAGAGGCGAGCAGCGACCGGUAGGACCGCCUUCAUUCACCGGGGGGAAACAGAGACACUACUGCAAUGAGCAAACUAGGCUUCUGCAAGGCCACCGUGGGACUGUGGCUGUUCUGUUGUACGUUCCUGGGGAGCGCCGAGGGGAAUUUUGCGGAUCAGCAUGUCCACUCCAGCUUCAUUUACAGGCGUCUCCGGAACCACGAGAGGAGGGAGAUUCAGAGGGAGAUCCUGUCCAUCCUGGGGCUUCCUCACCGUCCCCGGCCCUUCUCGGUGGGGAAGCACGGCUCGUCGGCACCGCUCUUCAUGCUGGAUCUGUACAACGCCAUGUCCAGCGAGCAAGAGGCGGAGCGAGGAGCGGCCAGGGGUGCCGUGCCCUACCGCGCCGCUCUCCCCACACACAGCCCGUCGCUCGCCAGCCCGCACGACACCAACUUCCUCAACGACGCUGACAUGGUGAUGAGCUUCGUUAACCUAGUUGAAAGGGACAAGUAUUUUUCUCACCAACGAAGGCACUACAAGGAAUUCCGAUUUGAUCUCACACAGAUCCCUGAAGGAGAAGCAGUAACGGUAGCAGAAUUCCGCAUCUACAAAGACCGAAGCAACAGUAGAUAUGAAAAUGAUACCUUCAGGAUUACUAUAUACCAAGUUAUUAAAGAAUAUACUAAAAGGGAUGCCGACCUCUUCCUGUUGGACAGCAAGAAGAUUCGAGCAUCAGAGGGCGGAUGGCUUGUCUUCGACAUCACAGCUACCAGCAAUCACUGGGUACUGAACCCGCAACAUAACCUGGGCUUGCAACUAUGUGUGGAAAUAAUGGAUGGUCGGACCAUCAACAUUAGGUCAGCUGGCCUAAUAGGAAGACACGGACCACAGUCCAAACAGCCGUUCAUGGUGGCCUUUUUCAAAGCCAGUGAGGUACUGCUUCGUUCUGUCCGGGCUACCAACAGCAAGCGCAAAAACCAAAACCGAAACAAGUCCAGUGGCUCUCAAGAUUCCUCAAGGUUAUCCAGCCCUGGAGAUUACAACACCAGUGAGCAGAAGCAAGCCUGCAAGAAGCAUGAACUCUACGUCAGUUUCCGAGACCUGGGCUGGCAGGACUGGAUCAUAGCACCAGAAGGAUAUGCUGCGUUCUACUGUGACGGAGAGUGCUCCUUCCCACUCAAUGCUCACAUGAAUGCUACAAACCAUGCGAUUGUCCAAACACUGGUUCACUUGAUGUUCCCUGACAACGUCCCCAAACCUUGCUGUGCACCAACCAAACUAAAUGCAAUCUCUGUGCUGUACUUUGAUGACAGUUCAAAUGUCAUAUUAAAGAAAUAUAGAAACAUGGUGGUAAGAUCAUGCGGUUGCCACUAACAUAAAUUCAAGUGGAAUGAGGAUCCAAUUAAAAAUUCAAUCCUUAAAUCAUCCUUAAGAUUUGUUCAACUGACUCCAAAUUGGGUUUGAAGGUGCUUAACUGUACAGUAUUAUGUAUAUAGUACUCAUUGUGCUUAUAAUUUAUUUCUUUCAAUUUAACUACUUUACUACAGGAAAAUAAAACAGGUGUCCUCAGUCCCUUCUGGUAGUGCACAAGACAACUGUGGUCAACUAAAUAUUUAUUCAGUAGAGCUGAGAACUGGUACAAUUUUAGACAAAGCUUUUCAUUAUGAUACAAACAUUGCAAAGGUGGUAAAUGGUUUAUUAACUUAUCUGAUUUCCUGCUAUAUAUAUUUUUAUUAAACAGAGGGAUUUAAAAAUAUUUUUACAUCAUCUCUUUCUUAAUCUGUACUACAUAAAAUAUUAGAGGUUAAAAAGUUGUCUAAUAUUUGCCCUAUCCAUAAUAUUCUGUAUAUC